GCUUACUAUUUUGGCGGACGUGCAGCUAUUCAAUUAGGCAACUACAAUGAAGCUAUACGGCUCAUCACAAAAGCUAAAGAAUUAGCUAGCAGUCAGAAAAUGAAUUUCGGCGACGAAAUUCAUGCUCAAAUGCGCCUCGCUCGAAGAGAAAAGUUUCGAGUGGAAGAGGAGAAACGAGUUAAGGAAGAGGGUGAACUGCAGAUCUACUUAAGGAAGCUGAUUGAGGAAGACACAAGUCGACGAAUAGCUGAGAUCGAUGAUCGACGUCGCAAACGUGAAAUUCCGGAUUUCCUUUGCGGAAAAAUAUCAUGCUCGUUGCUACAGGAUCCUGUAAUCACUCCAUCCGGCAUUACCUACGAUCGUGCUGACAUCAAACAGCAUCUUCACCGAGUUGGUCAUUUUGAUCCUGUCACACGAGCUCCGCUCACUGAGGCCGAUCUUAUUCCGAACCUCGCCAUGAAGGAAGUAUUGGAACAUUUCCUUAUUGAAAAUCCUUGGGCUAAAUACGAAGACUUGUUGAGUUGA